UGAGUUUGACAGCGGCGCUGAGCGGCUCGCUGUUGUUCUUCUUCUUUCACUCAGCCUGUGGCAGCUCGUUGGAGGCAGUCUGGCCGCAUAACACGAAUAAACGGACAAUUUAAAGCGCGUACAUUCAAUUCUAGUCGUUGGGUGCUCGGCGGUUUUUUUUUUCUUCAGCAAACGGGUGAACCGUUUAUCGGUAUCCGCUCAUCAACGGUAGCUUAGCUUUGCUAGAAGUCGGCGACAUUCUGGCAUGCGUGUGGAUGGAAGAGCUCUUCCCCAUCGCGUUCACCAUAAAGGUUUAGUUCUGCUUUCAGCUGCUGAGCUAGUGGAGGAGAACUCCUCAGACAGACUUCACGUAAAAGGCCCACAAACUGCCAUGGAGCCGUGUGCGGCUGUGGGCUGUGUGAACAUCGGCAGUCUGACCAGCACCUUGCCCGUGAUCCCUUACCAGAAGCUGACAGACCUGUACUACGUGAGCAGAGGGGGCUUCGGCACCGUGUUCAAGGCGCAGCACUCGGACUGGAGGACCACUGUGGCCAUCAAGUGCCUGAAGCUCGACUGUCCUGUUGGAGAAAGAGAGAGGAACUGCCUGCUUAAGGAGGCCGAGGUGCUCCACAAAGCCAGAUUCAACUACAUAAUCCAAAUCUUUGGCAUCUGCAACGAGCCAGAGUUCUUCUGCAUAGUCACCGAGUUCAUGAGCAAUGGCUCUCUGGACCUGCUGCUCCACGAGAAGGACAUGUACCCCGGGCUUGCCUGGCCUUUGCGACUGAGGAUCCUCUAUGAGAUCGCCUUGGGGGUUAACUUCCUUCACAACAUGAAUCCACCCCUCUUGCAUCAUGACCUAAAGACACAGAACAUACUGUUGGAUGGAGAAUUCCAUGUUAAGAUUGCUGACUUUGGCCUUUCAAAGUGGCGGCAGCUGUCCGUCAGUAAAGGCUCGGUGUCCAAGCCCACAGAGAUGGGGGGCACAGUGAUCUACAUGCCCCCUGAGAAGUACGAACCAUCCAAGAGCCGUCGGGCCGAUGUGAAGCACGACGUGUACAGCUAUGCCAUCAUUAUGUGGGAAGUGCUGUCCAGGCAGAUUCCAUUUGAAGAGGUGACCAACCCAAUGCAGAUCAUGUUCAGUGUGCUUCGUGGGAUGCGUCCUGACACGAGUCUGGACAUUCUGCCUCCUGACAUCCCCAGCAGAGAAACCCUCAUCAGUUUAAUGACCUGCGGCUGGACCACUAACCCCGAUGAACGACCUUCCUUCCUCAAGUGUCUGAUUGAACUUGAGCCCAUGGUGAGGACGUUUGACGAAAUUGACUUCCUGGAGGCCGUGUUGGAGAUCAAGAGGUCAAAAAGGAUGCAGAGAUCCGGCUGUUGUUCAGCCCAGUCAGUGAGUGAGAAGAGGAGUGAGGAUGGAUCCCUGAACAUGCUGAAGGACAGGCCCAGCCCCUGGCCGGAGAGCUCCGGCUCAGGCUCUUGUUCCUCCCAGGACACAGAUAUGUCUCUACCAUGCGCCCUCAGCAGCAGCAGCAGCAACAGCAACAGCAACAAUGCUGCACCAGAGGGGCUUCCGUCGUCAUUUUUAGCUCCUACACUGGAGCCUCCUGAGUCUCUGAAGGACCCCAGUGGCAACAAUCUGAACGGCGACGUGAAUGAUUUGAACACACCCAUCAAGCCAGGCCUGCCUGUCACCGAGUACGAGACACAGCUGGAGAACCUCAAGCUUCAGCCUCAGCAACAAGCAAAAUACUCUCCUCCAUUGCGGCACUCCCCUCCCUCACAAGGCCCAAUCGCCCAGUGGAUCGCGACGCGCCGCGAGGAGAUCGUCUCCCAGAUGACGGAGGCCUGUCUGAACCAGUGCUUGGACGCCCUGCUGGCCCAAACCAUGCUGAUGCGGGAGGAUUACGAGCUGGUGGUGACCCAGACCACGCGCACCGCCAAGGUCCGCCAGCUCCUGGACAACUGUCAUCGGCGCUGUGAAGACUUCUGCUGCAUUGUCGUCCGCAAGCUGCGUGACAACAAGCAAACAGGCCUGAAGCCGUACCCGCCUGAGAUUAGCUCCCCGAUCCUCUCUUCCUGCGCACCACCGCUGUCCAUGUCCUACCAUAUGCCCAGGAACGUGUAGCAACAGUCACCGCCAAGCGAAUGGAAACAAUCCAGGUUAUAGACUGUGCCAACUUUACACUACACAUAACUCUGACUGGUACCGUUUUCGGUGAGAUGGUCACCACGGUUCCUGUCAGUCCUGCCCUCAAAGAGGAACUGAAGGCUGGGUGAGCAAAAAGAGUCACAAAACUAAGCUACUCCCUUAGAAGUAAAUCUACUCACAAGAGAUCAAAUGUUUGAUUCUGUGCAGUCAGAAUCCAACGAUUUUGAAGGAAUCAGUGAUUUUAUUUCUCAAUGUCAAUGAGGUGAUUUAUUUAUCCCUUCAUUCUGAGGUGACGUAUCGCAGGGUGUCGCUCCUUUAGUACGUUAUGCUUUUGUCUCCAAAGCUCAGUUUCCAUUAGGUGAAAGUGUGAUUAUUUAUAGAAUGCAAACAUCCUCAACACACUCGGUUGAUCUGAGUAAGUGACGGAAGGACUGUUGUCAUGCUGGAAAACCUCCAGCCUAAAUAAGGUUUAUUCCUAUUAAAGCAAUCCUAAUCUUAAAGUAUCCUGUAGUCAUUGGUGAACUAUGUUUAGCCUCUGAGUGAAGUCAGUGAGUAUGUGGCCCUCAGUGUGUUUGUAUUGAAGCACAUGGUCUACAUUCAAUCGGUAAGAAAUGCAUUGUCAAGUACAAGGACGACAUCGGAGCCAGUGACAGCUAGCUAUGUGGUUUGGGACGUUAACAGCUUUACAUAACUGAAGUGUUGAAAUGAGCCAUGAGUUUGGUCACUGUGGCCGUUUGACCGUAUGGAACAUUUUGUCCCUGCCUUUUUUCUCCCCCUCUUUUUUCUUUAAGUUAUUCGCUGAGUCGCGGAGUAAAAAGGAAGUUAAGAUUGUAAUACAACACUCAGAAUGAGGGAUGUGUGUGUCUGCAUGUCCGUCUAGAUUAAAAGUGGACCAAUGUGAUCUGAUUUAUUUUGGUUUUCUCAGUAGUGGCCUCACCUCUCAGUAUUCUUAAUGUUCACUUUAGGCUCAUCUGGACACAGUUCAAGUUUAACCAUGAGCUUCACAUGUGUUGAUGCUGCUGAGCUGCUCUGCAGAAGAACUGCAACAAAUGAACAGAGAAGAUCAAACCUGCUUUUCUUGUCUCAACCUUUACUGCAGGGGUGGACCAAACUCUUUUGAUUGCCACAGAUAGUUUUCAACCAGUUAUAAUGCAAGAAAGUCAGUGUUUCUAUACCAGGAAACCCCGUGUGCCAUAGCAAAUACAUGUGUCAAAAUAACCAACAGAACAAACUGUUUAUGUUUGACAUUACAGUAGUUUAUUUCUGUUCCCACAAUAAAAAAAAAAGCAUUUCUGCUCCUGAAUUUAAUUUCAAUUCAAUCAAUACUUUUAAAUACAGUGCAUUGCCUAAGUGCCCACAUACUUAUUAUGAUAUGUGUAAAUCUGUAUAUAAAUAAAGUUGAAACAGCCAAAUAUUGGUUUCUGUUCGUGGCCCGAGUGCCCACUUCAAAGAUUACAAUGCAACUGUAAAAGUAAGAUGUAACAAACGGAGCAGACAGAGAUGGUAGAAUAAUGGUUUCUGUGCCCAGAGGUUAAGACUAGGAUGUGCACUUUAUUAGAAAUAUGCUCAAGUCAUAUUCCAGUUUGUUUUUAAAACAUCACCACAGCCCACUUCUAAAGUUGGUUUAGUAGUUUGGCCACCCCGGCUGUAGUUUACCUGCUGAGCAGUCUGUGCAGUCACUGCUCAGUUCAUCACUCUGGACUCAACUUUCUCUACAGUAGCUGUGCUUCCCCAUCUGAUCAAAACGAUAGUAACACCUGUUACUUAUAUACAAUUAUCUCUCUUUUUCUUUUUAAAUGCAAGAAAAUACACACAUUUAUAUCAAGGCAGUAGUUUGUAUAUAUACAUAAUGCUGAGUAAGAGUUUUGUCUUUACUUCACUCGCUCGCACACACAGUAUAUAUGUUCUUUGUGCCAGAAAGAAACAAGUUAUUUCUGUUUCCAUGACACAGUUUGAACCUUCAGUCUUCCUAAUCACCAUGUUUAUGUAUGUGUAUUUAAUACGACUAUACCAUUUACUAUUAAUUCAUUUAACAAUUAUUUUCUCGAUAAUCGUUUGGUCUAUAAAAUGGUAAAAAGUUAUGUUUAUAGUUUUCCAAAGCCCAAUAUCUUCAGAUUUUCCCUUCAUACAAAUGUUUCUUGUAGUGUGCAUAUAUGCCUCUCAUUACGGGCCUUACUGUCUUCAUCACUGCCUUCACUUAUCCCUUAACUCCAAACGUUAUCAUAGUUGACGGUGGUGUAGCUGUGUCCUUUACUGUCUGUAUAUCCUCCAGUUCAACAGAGAGCGACCUCUUUGUGGUUCCCCAUCAGUCGGUCCAUAGACAGUUGAAGUUCCAUAAAGAACUUAAAUAACACGGUGGGAAAUGAGCUACGGCAGGUUAUUCUUAUUAAGAAACCGCGUUACAAGAAAUCGCACACAAUUGUAUAUCAUUUAAAAAACAGGAAGGCCAAGCCAGGCCGACACGUUUCCAUCGCGGUGGGCCUUGUGUUCGAUAACUGUGCCUCAUAUUCUGCUUUUGGCAACGUGUAAAAGCCUUUCACACAUAUCAAGAAACGCUGAGUAGAAAUACUACAAAUUUGAUAUCUUAAAAUGUAACAUAUUUUGUACUGUCGAGGAUAGUUUCAUCUCUUUUCUAUAUAUUUUCAUUUGUGAUCACUUGUUUAAAACUCAUGCAUUUAUUAUUACCGUGUGUGUGUGUGUGUGUGUGUGU